UUUUCGAGAUUGAUAACAAGACGUUUAACAAAAAGAACGGAAUAUACAUAGAUUAAGAAGAAUUAACUAAUUUUUGGACAUUUUUUAAAUUUUACUAUAAUGUUAUCCAAUAUGAGAACUAAACGCAUUUCUGGCAUUCAUAUGUGUGGUAAAAGUAUGAGUCAAAUGGCCAAAUUACCUCCAAAAUAUUCUGAUGAAGAUUGGGAUUUUAACAAUAAAAUGAAAUUUCGAAUAACAUGUGACCAGGAAAGGAUGGCAGAACGAAUAAUGGAGGAAUCUCGCCGUGUUGUGGACGAUGUUAAUGACACGACGCGCAAUUGGCAACGUGAAGUUGAACACCAUUUACGCGAGAGAGCCAGCGAAAUUCGUUUUCUUUGCGAUGAAUUAAAUAAGCAAAAGAAAACGGCGUUAUUGGAGGAUGAAGCUUUAAACACUUACCGCUGUCGUGUUCUCAAUGCCAUUGGAUUUCUAAAGGAAAAGUCUUUAACAAUUUGUCAACGUUGUUUGGUUACGCGAGAAGGACGUUUAGGCGUAGAUCUAUGUGAAGAUGAAGUUGAUCGCAAUUUACGUCGCGAAUUAAAAGUUAUCAAAGGAUGCCAAUGUUUAAUGGACAAGGCUUUGAAGGAAACAAACGAACAAUUGCGUAAAUUACGUGCAACAAUGUAUUUAUUAGAUAAAGAUUUAGCUCAAAAGGAUAAGUCACUGCUGAUUGAUGAAAAGAACUUGACUCUUAGGGAUUCACAAAAUUUACGUGGAGGUGAUUUAGCCCAUCACCAUUGCCAAUAUUCAUUAGGUGAAUGGCAACAUACAACUUAUAAAAAUUUAGAGUGUAACGCAAAGGAAUUAAAUUCUGCAGCUCAACUUAGAGCGUAUAUUGACCUAUUGCUGAAACAAGUAUGUGAAGACAUGGAAAAUCAAACUGAUCGCACUAACGAAGCUUUCCAACAUAGAAUAGCCGAAUUGCGGCAUGUUAAAAAAUGUUUGGAAAAUAAACACAACGACACAAUGAAUCAUAUCAACGAAGUGCAAAAUAAUAUAAAUGCAUUGGAAAAAGGAUUGGCCGAUAAACAGAGAGCUCAACAGUUAUGUUUGACACGUUUAAGCAAUCGUGCAACACGUCCUGGACUAGAAUUAACAUGUGACGAGGUGCAAGACGCUCUCUAUCAUGAGCAUAACGCUUUAAAAGCGUCCAUGUGUAAAUUAAAUCAGAAGAUACAGGAGAAUAAAGCAUCUUUGCGUUAUUUGUUGCAUGUGCAAGUAAUGCAAGAAGAGGAGAUCAAUAUUAAAUCGAAUUCUAUAAAAAUUGAUGAAGUAGAUUGUAUGACUAUACGACAUGCAUUAAAAUAUUCCUCAUUUUAAAAAGAUUUGUUGAGACCUACGAAAUUUUAAUAUUUAUAACUGCACAUGAAUAAAAUUACAAAGUUUAUUUAGUCACCAACACAAAUUUGGACUAUUUUUAAAUAAUUGUAAAAUAUUUUUCACGUUUCAAUAAACUUUUAA